CGGCUGAGAAGAAAAAAAAGGUGUUGGCCCCCCCAACUCUUCGGGCUAUGGACUAUAAUACCACGCAAUUCCGGCCAGGACAUUUAUAAACCACCGUGUUGCGGCUCAUCCGGCCGAGAAUCUCUCACUGUGGCUGCGUGCCACCCUCUCACACUCGCCCUGCCAUAUAUAUUGCGCUACCCCCCGGUAUUUUAGCUGCGAUCGUUGCCGUGCGAUUCGCGACGCCCGUAAGGCCUUUCGGUGUACUCCCACCUUCGCUAUCUUAGACCCUCCGCGUCCACACACGGAAUUGUCAGGCGAGAAUAGAAACGAUGUCGCGAGCUCUUAUCCUCGCCGCGCUCUGGCGCUCGACGACUGCGCUGCUUGUGGCAGAGGGUUCGCCAUGUGGGGUAAGAUGCGGCAACGUCCUCGACUCGACAGCGCGGGACAUGAUCGUCUGCGAGGAAUCCGCCUAUCGCUCUACGUCCGUGGGCCAAGUUUACGAGAGCUGCGUUAGCUGCGAGGCGACCAGCACAUAUUCAACCGAGAGCCGGCGGGUCGCAUCCGAUUUACAAUCUUUUCUCUAUAAUCUGCGAUACACCACCAACGUAUGCUUGUUCGAGGAGUCCACAAACCCGUGCAUCACUUUGUUCGCCUGCGAGAAUAUCCAGCAAGCCGUACGUUAUGGCAACUUAUCCACUAACUCUGCCACGUACGGUUACUGUGACCUAUGGUCCGAAUACAACCUCGAUAAGUGCCAUGACUGCUUAAAAUAUGCACCCAAUGGCCACUACCUCAGCAAUUUUAUAUCAAUCCUAGACGGGGCCUGUAAAAUGAGGCCUGAGCCGCCUGUCACCAUUCAUUUUGAAGGCAAUCUCUUCUCCACAGAUAUCGUUAACGUCACCGAGCCUACACCCACGGCGACCUACGAGCCGCCUGGAUUGACCGGUCCGCUGGAUUCCGGGGCGAUCGCCGGAAUCGCUAUCGGCGGAUUCGUGGUGCUUCUUGCUAUUGUUGGAUGCGGCAUUGUCAUAAACGGGAAGCGCCGCAGAAAGGCCUAUCUCCGUCGCCGGGAACAGGCCGCCAAGAACUGGCCCCCAUCCCAGGGAGGUGGCGAGAUGUUCGAGACCCCAAUCAGCCAGAGACCCCUCCGCGGCUGGGAGGACUCGCCCGUCAGCGCCGCGACGCAGGCCACAUUCCCGCCUUAUUUCUCGCCCUACGUUUCGCAAUACAAUAGUCCCGUGAGUGGGGGCGAGGGACAGGGGAGCAUGUGGCCGGUAGAGAAGUCGCACAACAUCGGCGUUGCCAUAAGCCCCGAUCGCGAGGCGCCGUCCCCGUGGGACGAUAAGAAGGGCAAAGACAAGAUGACAGCCGACACCGAGGGAUACGAGCUCCAGGAAGGGGUGAAUAGUGCCGGUGGCUACGGGUUCCCCAUUCCGCCGCCGCCUCCCAUCCCCGACCAAGCCCCUACGCUCGGCCAUCCUGGCUAUGGGCGGCAUGGCACCGCUAGCCAACCGUAGACGACGCAAAUGGGCAACGACGCGAUAUCGAGAAACGCCUUC